UGAAAGUUACAUAUCGAGACGGACAUCAUUCGGAGUGUGUUCUUGUGUAUUGUUGAUGAGUAGCUUAGUGUAAUCGUCAACCUUUCUUUUGUCACUGUCCUUUUAAACUUCAUCAGAUACAUGACAGUGGAGCACAUAUUCUAAAUUUCUGCUUUAAAAGCCCCGUGUGUCUGAAUAAAGAAGUUUGGGCAGGUGCUCUUCUAAAGAGUUUCUGUCUGUGUGAUUGUGGUAGAAGCCCAUUGAAUCUUGGCGUGCAGAGUUUGGGAUCGUUACCGGAAAGUACUGAACCUGUGAGAAGGGAUGGAGAGCAACAUCCACCUGAGUAGUCUGAUAAGUCGGCAUGAUGAUGAAGCCACAAGAACCUCAACCUCGGAAGGGCUGGAGGAGGGUGAGGUGGAGGGGGAGACCCUCCUGAUUGUUGAAUCGGAGGACCAGGCCUCCGUGGACUUGUCUCAUGAGCACAGCGGGGAUUCCCUCAACAGCGAUGAAGGGGACGUGUCGUGGAUGGAGGAACAGCUCUCCUACUUCUGUGACAAGUGCCAAAAAUGGAUACCAGCCAGUAAGCUGAGGGAACAGCUCAGUUACCUGAAGGGUGAUAAUUUUUUUAGGUUUACUUGUUCCGAUUGCUCAGAAGAUGGCAAGGAGCAGUUUGAAAGGCUGAAGCUGACAUGGCAGCAAGUUGUCAUGUUGGCAAUGUACAAUUUAUCUCUGGAAGGAAGUGGACGCCAAGGUUACUUCAGGUGGAAAGAAGAUAUCUGUGCUUUUAUUGAGAAACAUUGGACUUUUUUACUAGGGAAUAGGAAAAAGACGUCAACCUGGUGGAGCACUGUAGCAGGUUGCCUCAGUGUGGGAAGUCCUAUGUACUUCCGCUCAGGUGCCCAGGAAUUCGGAGAACCAGGAUGGUGGAAACUUGUUCACAAUAAGCCCCCGACGAUGAAACCUGAAGGAGAGAAGUUGUCUGCCUCUACUUUAAAAGUAAAAGCCUCAAAGCCAACUUUAGAUCCCAUCAUUACCGUUGAGGGACUUAGGAAGCGUGUGAGCCGGAAUCCUGUGGAAUCUGCCAUGGAAUUAAAAGAGAAAAGGUCUCGAACUCAGGAAGCGAAAGACAUUAGAAGAGCCCAGAAGGAAGCAGCUGGCUUUCUUGACAGAAGCACUUCUUCUACCCCUGUAAAAUUCAUAAGCCGAGGCCGCAGGCCAGACAUGAUUCUUGAAAAAGGAGAAGUGAUUGACUUCUCAUCCUUGAGCUCCUCUGAUCGCACGCCACUCACGAGCCCAUCUCCCUCUCCGUCUCUGGACUUCUCUGCUCCUGGUACACCUGCCUCUCAUUCAGCCACUCCCAGCCUGCUGUCAGAAGCAGACUUGAUUCCUGAUGUGAUGCCACCACAAGCCUUGUUUCAUGACGAUGAUGAGGUGGAAGGUGAUGGACUUAUAGACCCAGGGAUGGAGUAUGUCCCGCCCCCUGCCAGCUCAGCCACCUCCGGGACCGUGGUUGGGGGCCGGAAGAAAGUCAGAGCACCCGAACAGAUCAAGCAGGAGGUGGAGAGUGAGGAGGAGAAACCUGACAGGACGGACCUGGACAGUGAGGACUCGGAUUCCAACACAUCUUUGCAAACAAGGCCUCGAGAAAAGAGGAAGCCUCACCUGGAGAAGGACCUGAAACCUAAAGGUCCCAAAUACACGCCCGUGAGCAUCUAUGAGGAAAAGCUGCUCCUGAAGAAGCUGGAGGCUUGUCCCAGUGCUGUCGCUAUGACGCCAGAAGCUCGGAGACUGAAGCGUAAGCUGAUCGUCAGACAAGCGAAAAGAGAUAGGGGAUUGCCCCUUUUUGACUUGGACCAGGUUGUGAAUGCAGCGCUUCUGUUAGUUGAUGGGAUUUACGGAGCCAAAGAAGGAGUUUCCAGGCUUUCCGCCGGACAAGCCACCUACAGAACAACCUGUCAGGACUUCAGGAUCCUCGACCGCUACCAGACUGCCUUGCCAUCCAGAAAAGGAUUUCGGCACCAGACCACUAAAUUUUUGUAUCGUUUAGUGGGAUCAGAAGAUAUGGCUCUGGACCAAAGUAUUGUCAGUCCUUACACAUCUCGGAUCUUGAAACCUUAUAUCAGGCGUGAUUAUGAAACAAAGCCACCCAAACUACAGCUCUUGUCACAGAUCCGUUCCCACCUGCACAGGAGUGAUGCCCACUGGACGCCUGAGCCCGAUGCACCUCUCGAUUAUUGCUACGUUCGGCCAAACCACAUCCCGACAAUAAACUCUAUGUGUCAUGAGUUUUUCUGGCCUGGCAUUGACCUGUCUGAGUGCCUGCAGUACCCAGACUUCAGUGUUGUUGUCCUUUAUAAAAAAGUCAUCAUUGCCUUCGGCUUCAUGGUCCCCGACGUGAAAUACAAUGAAGCUUACAUUUCAUUUCUGUUUGUCCAUCCCGAAUGGAGAAGAGCAGGGAUUGCGACUUUCAUGAUUUAUCAUCUGAUUCAGGCAUCCCAUUUUUGGCAGGUGGAUUCAACGUUUCUGCACAUUGACUGAACUUCACACAUCCCUUCUCAGCUAGUUCAUGGGUGCCAGUUAAUUAUAAAAUGUUAAAAAGGAAUUUGCCAGAAAUUGGGGUGGAGGGGCACAUAUGGCCCACAAGCCAUGAUCGGAUGCUCAGGUGAGUAAUUUCUAGCACAUUUAACUUGGCUGAGACCAGAGUUUUGAUCUCCACAUGGGACACAAUGCCUCACAGCCAGAACAAGAGGUAACAUUCAUGGAAUGUUGCCUCUGGCCAGGCAGUGAGCUGAGCACUGUAACCUAGACCACCUCAUUUAAUUCCUCCCGUGACUCCAUGAGGUAUGCGUGGGGUGCUACCACAAGCCUACUCUAUGAGUUACCUGUGGCUGCCACCCCAAAACCUGGUGGCUUAAAACAGCUACCAGUUACGUACUCUAGAUUGGUGAGUGGGUAUAAAGGAGGUUGGGUCCAACCUGGCAGCCCUUCCAGUUUCAGGCUCCCUCGUGUCUGUGGUCAGCUGCGGGUCAGCCAGGUGGCCUCUUUUAGGGCCUUCAAGUUGGGAGCCUUUAGUCCACGGUCUGCCUUGGGGAGAGAUGGCCUUUCUGCCCAGGGAGUGCCCUUGGACCACCAGCUGGGAAUGGUGAGCAUGGAGCCUUUCUUCAGGGGAGGGAGUGCCCAGAAGUCAGGUUUCAAAGGUGUUAUUUAGUCCCAAGAUUUCGGUGGAGCACUUUCUAUGUCUCUAGCUCUGUGCAAGGCUCUAGGAUUCCCAAGAGGACUCAUCCUAAAGCCUUUAACAAUUCGGGCACCCCCUCAUAGGGUCUCAGUCAAGGUCAGGGACAUGGCCUAAAGGCUCAAGUCCUGCCCGUGGCCAAAUAGAGGCCUUCUGCAUUCUCCUCGUGGGGUCACCUGGGACUCUGGGUCUGCCGGCUGAGUGGGGCCAUCGAUGUUGCCCCCCAAUACACUGGUCCAUGGCUGAUCAUGUCAUCAUCCAUUAUCCUAUUUCCACCCCAUAGACCUCUGAGGGGAUAGGAUUGGGGUUGAGGGGCCCUCCAGCACCCAGGAGGGGCUGCUGUGACAGUCUCCAAAUGAGCCUGAGCAACAACUCUCCCCCACCAACCCAAGCCCACACCUGCCAGGUUCCUCCCAAUGUCCACUCCUGGUUCUUACCUUCAGCCAGGGCCGUGGUUCUAUGAUCCAGCUGGGAGGGCAGAGCCACCAUAAAUAUUCCACACGAUGGCAAAGCCACUUCUCAACCCACUGCUGGCAGGAACCUGAAUUCCAACAUUGGAAUGUUUUGGGGUGGAGGGAAAGGGUAGGGCCUGAGAGCCUUUCCUACGCCUUGUUUUCCUCUCACCCUUGUUUCUGGACAGCAGGUGCUUUAAAAGCAAGGAAAAGGCCUUUCCUGCUGGCGUGUUCCACGCAGUUCCUCCACCCCCCACCCCUACCCCAGCCAACUCCUUCAACAGGACUCAGGUCAUCUCCUCACUGGGACCUUUCCCAACAGCCCCAGAUGGAGCUGACCUCCCUGACCACCCUCCACUGGCUAUUGUCAGUCAAUGCAUGUGCUUGUUUUUGUUUUUAAUUUUCUGAUUUUUAUAUUUUAUUGAGUCAGCUUAAUGAAUUUUAAGCUAGGUGUACACCUGUAUACCAGACACCGAGUGUUCUAGUUUGCUAAUGCUGCCAGAAUGCAAAACACCAGAAAUGGAUCAGUUUUUAAAAGGAGGUUUAUUUGGUUACACAGUUACAGUUUUAAGGC